AUGGCCCCCGUCGCUACUGCUCGUGGUCGCAAGGCCCAGAAGGUCACCCAGAAGUACGUCAUCAACGCUUCGCAGCCCGCGAGCGACAAGAUCUUCGACGUCUCUGCCUUCGAAAAGUUCCUCCACGACCGCAUCAAGGUCGAGGGCCGUGUCGGCAACCUCGGUGACAAGGUCGUCAUCUCCCAGACCGGUGACGGCAAGGUCGAGGUUGUUGCUCACAUUCCCUUCUCUGGUCGCUACCUCAAGUACCUGACCAAGAAGUUCCUCAAGAAGCAGCAGCUCCGUGACUGGCUGCGCGUCGUCUCCACCUCCAAGGGUGUCUACGAGCUCCGCUUCUACAACGUCGUCAACGACGAGGCUGAGGAGGACGAGGAGUAA